UCUCUCAGCCAGUAAAAAAAUUUCUUCAUCAAACUCGCAAAGUCGAUGGUGAAGAAAAACUUAUCACUUUUUUGUAUACAGCGAAAAUAAAAAGUCACUCAACCAAGCCGCAUGCUGCAUUUUAAUAAAAAAAAUCUAAAACUCUAAUUUAAACAAUCAAUUUUCCAUCUACUAAUCAUCAAAAUCCAUUAAACAGCAAUCCACUUGCAAAUAUUUCAUCACACCACAUAAAUAAAACAACAAAAAAAUGCCUGCAGUCGUUCGUGUUAAACGUCGUAUCGACGAAGAACCUCUCGGAGCCUUUGUCUUAAAUGGCAAAAAACGUCGCCUCGACGAUAAUCAUACCACACUCGGAGACACAGAACAAUUGGAUCUCUUUGCGACGAAUAAAGAUGAAAUUUCCACAAUUCUCAAAUUUGCUGGAACCGUACAAUCACAAGACGAAAAAGUCACAACACAAAUUGCCCGUCUCACCAAAGACGAAGCCAUAGAACUCGCCAAGAAGCACCGCCAACAACCCGUCAAUGUGACAGAGCGUGGUCGUCAGGAAAUGCGCGCCCAAAGCAAUGAGAACCGCUUCAAGGUUGUCAAUUGUUUCCGCGCCAUCGACACAGAUGCCUCCGAUGCUGCUCCCAAAGAAAUCACAAUUGUUGACAUUGAGAAACAGCCAUUGCCAAUGGUUACAGAAAACGAGGCAGCCAACAUAGCCACAACCAGUUCAAAUGGAAGACAAAAUGAGUCAAGGACCGUGGAGACAUUCACUCCAACAGAUGGCGAUGGCUAUGUCUAUGACUUGUAUCUGCCAGAGAACGAACAACAGGCCGACGAUGUCGACUACACGGACAACUAUCUAAGGUUGUAUUAUCCAUUUAACUACUAUCGCUAAUAGAUAAAUUACACACACUAGACUACUCUACUUCAGUACUCUCUAAACUCCAUUUAAAAAAUCCGUCGAAACUUAAAACAAAAAAACAAAACAGAAAUGAACUGAAAAAAAAAAAUCCUAUCUUACAACAACUUUGUCGCUGUGGGCGGACUGUUUUUUCUAUUUAUAUAGAUUUAGGCAUAAUUCGUCUGAUUCUUUUUGUUUUUAGUUUAAUUAAUUGUUUUAAACUUUUUUCUACUGAUGGAACUUAAUGUUUAAGUUUUUUUUUUUUUUUUUAUAAAAUUAUUUGUUAGAUCUAAGUUGAUUUUUUGUAAAAGAAUGAAAAUCAAAUUCGUAUUUGUGUUCGUCGUGUUCGUCUCUGGGUAACUACUAACUAACUAUCGCUAGCCAAAAAAAGCAAAACACUUUUAAAGGAUCCUUCCAGAGAGCAGCACAGAAAAUUAAGUAAAAGAAAAUUUCAUAAUAAGAAAUAAUUCUUGGUUUAAAUCAAAAUUUGAUCAAAGAAACCACAAGUACUUAAAAAGAAAUUAAAGAAAAAAUAAAAUAAAUGAAAAAAAAAAUUAUAAAAAAUUAAGAUGAAAGA